AUGGCCGGCAGCCCGGAGAAGAGUUCCACCGCGCAGGAGCUGAAGGAGCAGGGCAACCGACUGUUCCUGUGCCGCAAAUACCAGGAAGCUGCUACAUGCUACAGUAAAGCUAUUGUGAGUAUCUGUCAUUAUGAUAGAAAUAUUACCAGAGAAAACAUACUGGCGCAUGUCAGCGUGCUUGUGCAGUGUUAUCCAAAUUUCCUAAUCUGCAGCGCUGGAACAUGACUGUACAUGUGUAAUGCCUGGUUUGUCCCUUCUCCCAGAAUCGUAAUCCAUCUGUGGCAGUGUACUACACAAACAGGGCUCUUUGCCAUGUGAAGCUGCAGCAGUAUGACAAGGCUCUGGCAGACUGUAAGCAUGCACUGGAGCUGGACAGCCAAUCAGUAAAAGCACACUUCUUCUUGGGGCAGUGUCAUCUAGAGCUGGAGAACUAUGAUGAGGCCAUUGGCAACCUGCAGAAAGGUCAGAAAAAGUUGUUUAAGACAAGCUAUGUUUGCAUUUGUAUUUAGAUGCUGCUUUACAUUUACAUUUGCAAGUGCUUUACGUAGCAGAGGAAUAAAAGAAACAAAGAAAACCAUAAUCUACCCCAACCCAACCCCUCAUUCCCACCGUGCAAUCUAAGCACAAUAGAACCAUGUAUUAAAAUGCAUGAACUUAAAAAAGGCUUGAUUUCAUAUAAACAGGAAUGUGCACACUGAGGAAACGCCGUUUUAAAAUUCAAGAUAAGAAAACUUGAUAUUACUCAUGUGUUUCCUCAUUUUAGUGGGAGACCAUGUGCUUUUGUCUUUUUAAACUUAGUCAUUCUCUCUGCUAUCUGUGGUGUUAGUGUAGGAGGGAAGGCCCCAGUAACUUUGAAUCAAAAUCUUGAUCCUGUUACCCUUUUGAACUCUUAUGUAGGCAAAACAAACAUUCAGACAUUUAAACAUUUAAAAUGAUAAUCUCAAGAUAAAGCAAUGGCAAGUUUCAUAUGUCAAAAUUAUAACGGUUGCCUUUAAAACCUGAGUAACCAGAGGGUAAGAAAACUGCAAAAAUACACUUGAAUGAUACACAAGUGUUACUAUUAUGGUGUUAUUUUUCCACAGCCUAUAACCUGGCGAAAGAACAGAGGUUGAACUUUGGCGAUGACAUCCCCAGCGCCCUUCGCAUUGCAAAGAAAAAACGUUGGAACAGUAUUGAGGAGAAGCGCAUCAACCAGGAAAAUGAGUUACACGCCUACCUGACCAAACUCAUCCUGGCUGAGAAGGAAAGGUAAGCCAGAGUUUUAAUCUGUGCAGUAAUGAACAGGUGAUAAAAGAUGUGAACCGCCGUUAUGAAUCUGUCAUGUCUGUGUCAUUAUACAGAGAACAAGAAGAAUACAAAGAGAAACAGGAUGACAAUCAAAAUGGAGGAGACGUGGCCAAAAUUGCAUCAAAACAUGUAAGCUUAACAAAGGCAUUGGACUCAAUGUGCUGUCAUAAAUAAACAAACACAGUUAUUAUAUAUGUGAGAAGAAUAUUGACUAUGUGUUGACAUGCAAAUGUGCUUUACUAGGACAAGUAUCUAAUGGACAUGGAUGAGCUCUUCUCUCAAGUGGAUGAGAAAAGAAAAGUGAGUAUAAUAUCAUGCUUGUCAUUGCCGUUAAUUGAGCAUGUUACAGUGCGUAAUUGUUUUAUCCAUGUAGUCAUUUCCUGCAGCCACUUCUUCCUAUUAUAAGAGGAGUGGAGUGUCUCUCAGCAUGCAGUGAGCGAAAAAUGGGAAACAUCCUGCAUAGGUCACUGCUGUCAUCCAUCUCAGAGCUAACAAACAGACACUGAUCACAUUCACCCACACAAAUGCAUCUUUGCUGAUGGUACACACCUACUUCACACCAUCUUCUUUGAUCGUUGACAUGGCAACAAGGGAAACAGACGGUAGCACCCUUUUGGAUUUGUGUGCAGAUUUGACUACCUGUUUUAAAAGUUUUUUUAUGCAUGUAGAUACUGUGUCUACAUUUUUGUGUUGUAUUUUAUGCUGUUGUGAGAAUUUUUUUUUUUUUCAAAAAUUUGCCAGACCAAUGGUUUUGUCAUAACCAGCUGAUCUGUUUCUGUGGUAACCGUCAGUAUUGUUGCAGCGACUCAGUUUCCUCUCUGUUCACAGUUGCAGAGUGGACAGAGGCUGUUAUAAUGUUAUUUUAAGCUGUAAUGACACCCCGCAGACUGGAGACAGUAUUUUUUUUUCUCAAACAGACUUCAGUAAUGAAACUAUUAUGAGUCCAGUCAUGGAAAAGAUUGAAGUCAAAUCUUUGUCAUUGUAGAAAUACAUUUCUAGUGCUCAGCUUUUCAAUGGUUUCCCAUUUCUUUUUUUAAUUUGCGCUCAGAAGCGGGAGAUUCCUGAUUAUCUAUGUGGGAAGAUCAGUUUCGAGCUAAUGAGAGAGCCCUGCAUCACACCUAGUGGUAUCACCUAUGAUCGUAAGGACAUUGAGGAGCACCUACAGGUAAGAUCAUCAUUAUUAUCGUCACCAGCUGUGCUGUUGGUCUCUUUUAAAGAUUAUAUGUUUUGUUUAUGACAUCUGAUUUUACAUUAAGUUAGCCUCAAGUCCACAAACUCCAGCUGAAAGUUUCAUUGUCAAAUUCCAUGCCACUUUUAACAAUCUAAAACAAAGGUUAGUUCAUAGAUUGGUGCAUAAAGUAAGUCAGUGCAGAAAACUCACAAAGAAGCCACAGUAGCUCCCACAGAGUAAACAGGAAACACCUUUUUUUGUCUAUAUUUGCUUUGGUUCACUUGACGGUUAAACUUGUUUCCAACUCUUUAUAAUCUAGUACAGUCUUGUACAAAGUACAAACUAUAUUGUCUCCCUCUUGUAUUACCAAAAAGUUUAUUUUUACUGACUUUAACUGAGUCUUAGCUGAGAUUCUUGAUAUGUAUAGAAACAAAGAAUGACCAUAAAGACUUGAGUCCCCCCCAAAAACCCUAUUCCUGACUUAUGCAAAGCAAGUAUCAUAAAGACAGGGUUGAAUAUGGAUAUCUAAAUUUAAAACAACUUCAUCCACUCUGCUCCAAAUAGAUUUCCCUUCAUUCCAAUGUGAUUUACUGCAUUACCACUGAAUGACUUCUCCUUGCACUUCACCUUUUGGAGAGUUUUUUGUAUUCUACAGUUAAACAGAUACCAUGUUGCAUCCUUACAUAAAUAUCUUGCAUUUCACCAGUUAUCACAGAAUCACUCUUUUGUGAUGUAAUUGUAAUAUGAGCCAUGUCCAUGGCUGGCAAAUUGGGCCUUGUCUACCUAAACCAAAUUUGAAGGGAUAGUUUCAACUUGGCAGCCCACAGCUUGUACCCACUUUGCAUUGGAACUGACAGAUUGGAGCAGUGCUGUGUGUGUGUGGCGCUCCCACUGUGUGUUAACAAGCAGUGCAUCCUGUGUGUCUGCAGCACUGAAAUGUGAUAUGAAAGCACACACUGGGACACAGGUAUUUCCCUGUUUCAGGAUGCAGUGUGAAUUACGAGUGGAGUUGCAGUGUCUAAGAGAUUUUUGUUAUGAAUGCGCAGACUUGGUGACCCCUCCCCAGCCCACUUAAACAUGCUAACCUGAUAUUUCUGCAUGCCCACCCCCAAGGAGGCAAACUAGAACCAGCCCUGGCCAGACAUCGUACUUUGAAUUACCCAGCAAUUCCCAUCCUUCAUAAAAGAAAAUGGUGUAAACAAAAUUAUCAUCACCCUAUUAAGAUAAUGGCUUAAGUCAUUUUUUAAUUAAAGCCAUUGAAAUUUAAAAUGAUAGUUUGUUGAGUCAAUUCCGAAAGAAUUGAACUCAAUUGAGAAAAAAAAAAAACACUUUUGUGGGGUAAAGCACACGGUUUUCAUAAACAUAUUAUAAUGCAUAGUAUAACAUAUAAACAAAGAUGCUAAUGCUAACAUAUAACCUGCUCUGUCUGCAGCGAGUGGGUCAUUUCGACCCGGUCACCCGGAGUCCUCUUACCCAGGACCAGCUGAUCCCCAACCUGGCUAUGAAGGAAGUGAUCGAUGCCUUUAUCCAGGAGAAUGGUUGGGUGGAGGACUACUAA